AUUCCUGAUCUUGUCAACAUGGCGCCUUUCGAGUUCCGCAUUAACCCGCUUGAUCAUAUCGUCAGUCCAGCCAGUGACAAGUGGCUCGAAGCCUCCGGCACGCUUGCAACGAAGAAGAUGAAGAUGGCCCAGAAAGGGUUGAACGCAGGGUUACUUGGUUCCAUGUGUUGGCCCGACAUACAGGACAAGGAGCGCCUCCAAGUCUGCGCGGAUUUCGUCAACUACCUGUUUCAUCUUGACGACCUCACAGAUGAAAUGGAUGCGAUAAGUGCUGGCGUUGUACGGGAGGCGGUCAUCGAUCAAGUUUCCCUCACUCUCCAUGUCGUUUCUGAUUCUAAUGCUGCUGACAGCAUGUGGUUGCGCAUCUGUCGUACUGCGACUCCGUUGGUUCAGAGACGCUUCAGAGACACGCUAGAGGAGUUCUUUGUUGCGAUCAUGGACGAGGCCAUAGACCGGAAGAAGAAGGUCAUUCGGGGUGUUCAAGACUAUAUCAUUCGUCGCCGCGCCAAUGGUGCUGUGCGCCCUUGCUUUGUGUUGAUCGAAUACGCCAAUGGAUUUGAGCUUCCGGAGUCAGUGUGGCAUCAUCCCAUUAUCCGAGACCUUCAGGAUUGGGCUGAUGAUCUGGUAUCAUGGGCGAAUGGCGGGUUUUAUCUCAAUAUCUUGUCGUUUGGGGUUGAAUACAGCCGUGGGGAUACCUCGAAUAUUGUCAUGUCAGUCAUGCAUGAGCAAGGCCUCGGAGUUCAGGACGCUAUGAACACUGUUGGCAAAAUGUUUGACGACGUGGUUCAGAAUUACCUGGCUGCCCGUGCUGCGCUGCCCUCUUGGGGACCGGAGGUCGACCGAAACGUGCAGGUUUAUCUCCAGGGUUUGGAGUACUGGAUUAUCGGAUCUACCGAAUGGUGCUUUUGGACCCAACGUUAUUUU